CGACUAUAUUAAAAUUAGCUACAUAUUUUUAUCUUAGAGUUUUAAUUAAUUAUUUACCAGAUGCUUCUAAUUAUUUUAGCCCUAUGGUUCAAACUAUUGCAAUAAUUUCUAUAAUCUAUGCUAGUUUUGCUACAAUAGUUCAAGAAGAUACUAAAAGACUUAUUGCUUAUUCUUCUGUGGCUCAUAUGGGAGUUGUUGUUUUAGGUUUAUUUUCUAAUACUUUACACGGAAUAGAAGGAGCUAUUUUAUUAUCUUUAGCUCAUGGAUGAGUUAGUCCUGCAUUAUUUAUUUGUGUGGGUGGUAUUAUUUAUGAUAGAACAGGUACUCGUAUUAUUUACUAUAUUAGAGGUUUGGCUAAUAUGAUGCCUAUUUUUACAAUUAUGUUCUUUAUUUUUACUUUAGCUAAUACUGGUAUUCCUUUAUCUCUAAAUUUUCUAGGAGAACAAUUAGCCUUAAUGGGUAUUUGAGAAAUAAACCCUAUUGUUGCUGCGUUAGGUGCUUCGGGUAUUUUACUUAGUGCAUGUUAUAGUUUAUUUUUAAUGAAUAGACUUUCUUACGGUGACUACUCACCUUAUUUAUAUCCCGUUAAAGAUUUAAAUAGAAGAGAGUAUCAUUUAUUAUUAACUCUUAUGAUACCUACUUUUUUCUUUGGGUUAUUUCCAAAUAUAAUAUUAGAUGGGUUACAUAUGGUAAGUACUAAUUUAUUAUAUAAUUAAUUCUAAAUUAAAUAACAGGAAGGUGCCCGCCUCCUUCUGCGUAGCUGGAUUGCUUUAGCGCCAAGGGAGUAAUAUGAGUAGAGAACGGUAUAUGAGUAGAGAGCUCCUUUUGCAGUCGCGAAGCGCGAGCGAACCUCUAUUACGUACCUCAACCUGACGCCUCGG